ACAGAUACGUGUAGGCCGAUACUAUAUAAAUCAUUGUGUUACAUGAUCCCGGAUAUCCUGCUGAAUUCAGAGCUAUACGUGUCUCUAGAGAGUGACUGGAGUCCUGUGCUACUGGCGCCUCUGCGAACGCACAAAAAGUGAGCAUCCCCAAACAUACUGGUCUGGAAACUGAACAGGACAAAAUGAAGAAAAUAGGAUUUGUGGUGAUGGUGAUGUGGAUCUGGGUAGCGGCGGUUGUGGUCUGCCAAUCCUCUGAUAUUAACUACUGUAACAUCUGCCAAGACAACAGCCAACUAAAGGCAGCGGUCACUGAGAUAAAAGAAAUGUUGAAGACACAGGAUCCGAAGUGCUCUGCGUUGGUGGAGAUAAUCCAGAACCAGAGCCGCAUUCUGUCACAGCAGCUGGAGGCCAUUGAGGCGCAAAAGCAACAGCUAGAGAAAUUAAAGAGAGAUCCAACAUUUUGUGCCAAAGCUGGAGUUUUUCAUGUUAAGUCGCCGGAUGGACACUAUAAGCUUACCUUUGCGGAAGCAAUGGAAAUGUGUUCCAAAUAUGGCGCUUCUAUUGCAACGCAUGCGCAGUUAUUAGCUGCAUGGGGUAAAGGUCUUGAUGUCUGCGCAUGCGGCUGGUUAGCUGAUGGUACCAUGGGCUAUCCGAUAUGGAAACCACGACGUGGAUGCAUGUCGUCAACUGGUAUCGUGGCCAGAGACGACUUGGCCUGCAAAACACACGUAGACCGAUAUAACCAAGGGAAAGCAGACGUUUUCUGUUUCAAGCAACAGUGACUCUAACAAUAACAUUUUAAAGCCCCGAGAUGACUUUGGACACAAUAAUUGCAUGUUUAACUUGGGAAUGAUCCUGCAUUAGUGUAAUGACAUAAAUUUAUAAAAAGAGUUAGGUUUGCAUUAAUCUGUAGAUAAUUACAUCCUACAUGUAGGAAUUUAAAAGUAAUGAUCUAUUUUCUGUUCUUCAUCUCACUAUACAUGUACACCGUCACAAGCAUAUACUUAUACAUGUGCACCAAUAAGUGAACAUUCAUACAUUUAUAAUGGUCGCCUGUGGUUAAAGGGGUAAUAUAUUUCACAAUAAAAACAUUGUGAAUAACUCAUAGAAAUAUAAUAUAUAUUUUUUUUACCACAAAAAC